AUGUUCAGGCCUCAAUUUGGCAACAUCGCGAAGCUUGGAGUGGGGGUUGUGGGCGUUUUUGCUGCAGCAUUUGGACCGUUUGCAAAAUGGGGUCAGCUUUUGCAACUCAAGGACAGGCUUUUCCCGUUUUCAAGAGGCCUAUGCCAUGCCUAUUGGGCACCGAAUAUCUGGGCAAUGUACUCUUUUCUAGAUCGAGUACUGAUACUUGUUGCGCCUAGACUGGGCUUACCUGUCAAGACUAGUGCUUUGGCCAGCGUGACCAGAGGGCUAGUUGGAGACACUGCCUUCGCUGUCCUUCCAGAGAUUACAAAAGAGUAUACCUUUGGGCUGACUUUUGUAUUCCAAGCUCUAUGCCUUGUGAAGUUGUGGUUCCAACCUGACUGGGACACCUUUGUGGGGGCAGUGACCAACUGUGCAUUUGCAGCCUUUCUCUUUGGUUGGCACGUCCAUGAGAAGGCCGUUCUUCUGAUCAUCAUCCCGUUUAGCCUGCUGGCUCUCAAGGACCGGCGAUACCUAGGAGCCUUCCGUCCACUCGCAGUGGCUGGCCACGUCUCCCUGUUCCCACUUUUAUUCACCGCUGCCGAGUUCCCUGUCAAAACCGUCUACACCAUCUUCUGGCUGGUGCUGUUUCUUUUCGUCUUUGGUCGCCUAGCACCCGCCCCGUUGAGACCUCGUGUAUUCUUACUUGAUCGAUUUUCGCUGCUCUACGACACUGUAUCGAUACCUCUGAUUGUCUAUUGCUCACUGGUACAUGGAAUAGUGUUUGGAAAGCGAUAUGAGUUCCUUCCGCUAAUGUUUACCAGUGCAUAUGCUGCUGUGGGCGUCCUGGGGAGCUGGGCAGGGUUCAUGGUAGUCUAUUUCACUACUUAG